GCCAGCCAUGACGACUUCGCUCAAUGGACCUUCAAAUUUCGCAGACGAUGGCUCAGCUGUAAUUGCUCGCCAGAUUGAGGUACAGCAUAGUCGAUUGGCAUCCGAAACACAGAACAAGAUCGCCGCCUGCACCGACAUUUAUGAAAUUGACCGUACGGUCAGUAUUAUCAAGGAGCGUGGAUUCAAAAGAAUCGCACUACAAUUUCCAGAUGAACUUUUACCAGAUUCUGGAUUAGUAGCGCAAUUAAUCCGAGAACAGACGGGUAGUGACAUUUAUGUACUUGCAGACACCUCAUAUGGAAGCUGUUGUGUGGACGAAGUAGCAGCACAGCAUGUUUCAGCUGACGCAAUCAUUCAUUAUGGACGUUCCUGCCAGAGCCCAAGCUCUCGCCUUCCCGUCAUCUAUGUGUUUGGAAAACAGCCUGUGGAUGUGCAGAAAUGUGCUUCAGUAUUCAGCGAGCUGUUUGGUCGAGAUAAGUCAAAAAAGGUCCUACUGAUGUAUGAUGUGGUUUACGCACAUUGUAUUGAUGAUCUCCUGAAAUUACUGGAAAGAAACAUGGAGUAUAGCAACAUUGUUAGAUCUAGAGUUGAAACCGAGUCCAACCUUGAAUAUGUCCUAUCGAGUCAAAUCGUUGAUCAUAAGUCCAGGAGCGGAUGCUGUCAGCAGAACGAAGUUCGUUCCAAUCAAAGUGAUGAGGGUCCAUGUACUCCAAGCGCCGAGAAAUCAUCUUCAUACUGCCAAAAUAGAUCGAACAUAUCCCCUCCAUCAGUAUGCAAUAAUUCAUCACGUCAGGAAGCUACAUCCAUUAUAAUGUCUCAGCAACGACAACAAAAGAAUAGGGUGCCAAACGAUUACAUGGAGGAUGGAAGCAGUGAUAAAAAUGAUCAGACCAAACGGAGACGAUUUGGGAGGACGUAUGAACUCCCUGGAGAUGAUAAGGUUGAAGACUAUGCCCUUUUCUAUGUAGGAAACGAAAGCCCCACGCUUUCCAAUAUCAUGAUGACCCAUAGUGCAUGCGAUGUUUAUUCUUUCAACCCUAUGGAAAAUGAAGGGCGAUUAGAAUCAGCAAUGAUCAACAGGUCUCUGAUGCGCCGAUACUUUUUAGUUCAGAAGGCUAGGGAUGCAGAUGUCAUUGGUAUCGCUGUUGGAACUUUAGGCGUUGCCUCAUACAUGACCAUGAUACAGCACUUGAAGACAUUGAUUGAGUCGAAGGGUAAAAAAGCCUACACGUUUGUGAUGGGCAAGCUUAAUGUGGCCAAGAUGGCGAAUUUCAUGGAAAUUGAUUGCUUUGUCUAUGUGGCAUGUCCCGAGAAUAGCUUAAUAGACAGCAAAGAGUUUUAUCGCCCCAUUGUCACACCUUUUGAGCUUGAGAUUGCACUUAGUAAAUCCCUAGAUUGGACUGGGAAAUAUAUCACGGAUUUUCAGCAACUGCUACCUGAGGAUGGGCAAGUUGGUGUAGACAAGAUCAAGCUUUCUCAAGCUCAGCUCGAUGCUGCUUCUGAUCGCGAGGAUGAUCAAGAUGGUGACAGUCCGUCCGAUCGUGCAAGUGAUGAAGAUGAAAUACCACAUUUUUCACUCGUAACAGGCCAGCUUAAGAAAAGUAAGAAGUUUACGUCCAAUAGGGAAGACUCGAAAGAGCUUGCAGCCUUGCUUGAAGGAUCGAAAGACUUGACUGUUAGGGAUAAGAAUACGAGUGUAGCGUCACUAAUGUCAAGCGCUGCAGGGGAAUAUCUUCGGUCAAGGCAAUUCAAGGGCCUAGAAGUCAAGCUGGGUGAGACAUCAGUUGAGUUUGCUACGGAAGGGCGCGCAGGCAUUGCUAGGGGUUACAACUCAGAGUCUGGAUAUAAUAAUCGCGAAAAAGAAGCGUACUAGCCUAGAUUAAAGUUUGUCUGCAUCAUUUUUUAAAAAAGGAAUCACCUCAUCAAUACAGGGCUCUGUAUCUUGAGAUUUAAGAUAUUCAUUAAUACAUUCUACAUUUCAC